AUAUGCAGAGUAGUCAGGGACACCCCUGAUUGUGACUGGAAAAGUCCAAAUUGGACCUCUGUGCCACUGUUAUCUGGAAAACAGAAUGUGCAAAUUGAGCUGUUCCUGGACACGAAUCAUGAAGAGCCUCCCGUACUUCUGUCGAGGGCAGGUGAUUCGAGGAUUCGGGAGAGGAAGCAAAGAACUCGGCAUUCCCACAGCCAACUUCUCUGAAUCAGUGGUGGACAACCUCCCAGCAGAUAUCRGCACAGGAAUCUAUUAUGGCUGGGCUUGUGUUGGCAGUGGCGACGUUUACAAAAUGGUGAUGAGCAUCGGCUGGAACCCUUACUAUAAAAACAAGAAGAAGUCUAUGGAGACACACAUAMUUCAUAAAUUCAAAGAGGACUUUUAUGGGGAAACGCUGAGUGUCGUCCUGGUGGGCUACAUCCGCCCAGAAAGGACCUACAGCUCACUCGAAGCGCUCAUCGCGGCGAUCAACGACGACAUCGAGGAGGCCAAAGUGCAGCUGGAGCUCCCCGAGCAUCRCAAGCUGAAGGAGGACAACUUCUUCACCAGCACAACCAACUCCUCUUCAGCCUCAGCCCCCACCACCGCCUCCACGUCACAGACGAUCAUCAACGGUCACUGACAGCCGGCUGUGGUUUCAGCAAACACUCACACAAACCAGACCACCGGGAGGUUUAUUAUUAAACCUGUCAGCUGUUACUMUGGCUGCAAAUCCCCUUCAUGAACAGCCUUUCCAUUUUUCUUUUUUUUUUCUUUUUUCUUCUUUAGUGUUUCUGCCUUAAAGAGCUGCUUCCAUGGGCCUCUGUUGCAAAUUGCUUAGAUUAAUUUAACAGAUUAACACGGACACAAGCAGGUCUUCUUUUGUUCAAAUAUGAAUAAACAAUGAGCCAAAUAAACUCAUCCCUGAGAAUAUAAACAAGCAAAGAGUUAGUGCUGCAAAGCUUUUUAACUUGGAUAGUUAGGAAAAUGUAUCCGUAUCUGUACCAAACAGAAGUGCCCAUUUAGACAAUAUUUGUGCAACACUGAUCUUACUCAUCACUGUAAAAAUGGUACUUUAAAGACCGUGUAAAGUAAAUGUAAAGUAAAAUGUAACAUUUUCUUUUUUAAACAUAAAUGUCAUAAAUGCAUUGUUGUAAAUGAGUACGMAUUCUCUCAACUGUAGAUAUUUGAAUAAUGGAGAUAUGAUUCAAUUUGUGUAACAAAGUGUGUUUCAGGAUUUUUUUUUGGGCGUGUCUUAAAGGGCAGCCUCGUGAUGUCACGCAGUCGCCUUCAGUAUAACCCCGCCUCCUGUUGCUCUAAUGGAAAUCAAAACAAACAUUGUUUCAUCGGUUACAGGAAUGUUCWGGGUCGUGGGCGUGGUUUGAGCUCCCCUAGAGGACACGCCCCCAGCAUUCCAGACCACAGCUAACUGAUUUUUUUUUUCAUUAAUUUAACACCUAAUUUUAUAAGGUUAACAGUAUUUUAUUAACAGUAUUCAAACUUGGCUGGGUGAUUUUUAACACAUAUUUCUGUGGUGUGACAACCUCAGAACACACAUUUCUUUUUUACUUUACACGGUCUUUAAGUAUGUACUUAUCCAAACCUGACUAUUAAAGUUUCAUGUUCUGUAGAGAAGCUGUCUAUAGAGCGUUGAUCACAGGGCUGGUGGCGCUCCGGCACCGUGCCGGAUCUCUGRCUUAGCAUAGCAGCGUCAAGAAAAAAAAAAUGUUUCGACCAGAGAUUUAACAAACAUUUCUCUGGACCUAAGAGAGGCACAGCUGUCACUUUAACACACUAUAGGCCUACUAGCCAGUCAGAAAUGGGGUGAGAUAUUUACUGAUUCCUCCACCACCUGAGAGAGACGAGCCGUGCAGAUGGAUGCUAAAGUUAGCUGAACAGGAGCAGAGAGAAAAUCUCAAACWUCUACAUCAGAGCAGAGAUUGCAGUCAAGGUAAUGAAGUCAAAAUUAUAUCAAUGCAGCCAGUUUUCUUUAAGCUGCUGCGUGGGUUUUGAAUAAAGUUUAAUUGUUAAGGAUGGAAAAUGUAAGAAGUUUUGACUCUUUAACCAACUGCCUUGGCUGUCUUUGUGUCAUCAGCUUGUAAGGUGAUUGAAGAUGGACUUAAUUUGGUAAUAAACCAUUAAUAAUUUAAAAUGUGGGAAAAUAAAUGACCUUUUUUAGACAGCAAUGUUUUUUAGGUGCAUGAACAUGAAUUUUACCAGUAAAAUGUCUGAACUGCAAAAUGUCCAUCCAUUCAUAAUGUACGUACAUAAAACAUUWAGAUUUUUGUUGAAGCUGUUCCAAAAGCCUGUAAGAACAUAUUCAGUGUGUUUUUAAGCCUGUGUGACUGACAGAUGAUAUCAGGGUAAAACAUGAAGUGUAUAUUUACUGGAACCCCUGUAAAAAUGUUUAAUUGAUAAUUUGUGAAUUUGGUUUUUAGGCUUUAAAAAUAUUGUAUUUAAUAUAUUAAUGUUACUCAGGCAGUAACAUUUAAUGUUAUAUAYGUUGGCAUAUUUCCUCUUUUUGUAUAUUUUGUUUGAAACCACUGAAAUGUAACUGAAGUCAUCACUCAUGGUUCUUCCUCAGACCUGUGACAGAUGUAAUUGUCAGAGCCUUGGCAUUUUUAUUCACUACUUUUAGGAUUUAGUCUCAUUUGUAGCAUUAAUAAUAUACUGUUUAAAUACAAAUUACAACAGUGUAACUGCAAAGUUUGUUCUGUUUUGCAUCAUUUUCAAAUCAUAAAGAUGUUUCCAAASAG